CCGGUCGGCUGGCCGCGUUUUCCAGGCGCCUGCCGCCUGGUCGCUCCGGCCCGGCUCGCAUUCUCGCCUGGAGCCGACGCUUGGAGAGAGGGUUCGAAUCCGCGCGAGGGAACUGUAGCGCGCUAGGGGCGCGGAGCGGCGCCAGCAUGAAACAGCUGCCUGUGCCCUGCUGAAAGUUCAUGGCCACAGCCCUGGGCCCUGCUGGCAUUGCCAUGGGCAGCGUGGGCAGCCUAUUGGAACGGCAGGACUUGUCCCCGGAAGAGCUACGGGCAGCGCUUGCAGGGCCCCGGGGUUCCCGCCAGCCUGAUGGGCUCCUCCGGAAGGGCCUGGGCCAGCGUGAGCUCCUCAGCUACCUGCACCUCCCCAAGAAGGACAGCAAGACGGCCAAGCGUGCCCCUCGGAACGAGAGUGCUGACUACACCACCCUCUACUACCGGGAGCAUCCUCGAGCUGGUGACUUCAGCAAGACUUCACUGCCCGAGCGGGGUCGCUUUGACAAGUGCCGCAUUCGCCCAUCGGUGUUCAAGCCCGUGGCGGGCGCUGGGAAAGGCUUCCUGUCCAUGCAGAGUCUGGCAGCCCACAAGGGCCAGAAGCUGUGGCGCAGCAAUGGCAGCCUGCACACAUUGGCCUGCCACCCACCCCUGAGCCCAGGGCCCCGGACCAGCCAGGCACAGGCCCGGGCCCAGCUGUUGCAUGCGCUCAGCCUGGACGAGGGCGGCCCCGAGCCCGAGCCCAGCCUGUCUGACUCCUCCAGCGGGGGCAGCUUUGGCCGCAGUCCUGGCACUGGUCCUGGCCCCUUCAGCUCCUCUUUGGGCCACAUUAACCACCUUGGGGGCUCCCUGGACCGGGCCUCCCGGGUCCCCAAGGAGUCUGGGCCACUGGCGAUGCUGAGCUGCCUGCCCGAGCCACCGCCUCCCUAUGAGUUCUCCUGCCCCUCCGCCGAGGAGGUGGUGGCCCUGCUUCCUGACACCUGUGAAGAUCUCAAGAGAGGCCUCGGUGAUGAGGAUGGCUCCAACCCUUUCACACAGGUGCUGGAAGAGCGCCAGCGGCUGUGGCUGUCCGAGCUGAAGCGCCUGUAUGUGGAGAGGCUGCACGAGGUGGCUCAGAAGGCAGAGCGCAGUGAGCGCAACCUCCAGCUCCAGCUGUUCAUGGCCCAGCAGGAGCAGCGGCGGCUGCGCAAAGAGCUCCGGGCACAGCAGGGCCUGGGCCCUGAGCCUCGGCCCCCCGGUGCCCUCCCGGAUGCUGACCCUAACACCCGACCAGAGGAGGAAGCCCGAUGGGAGGUGUGCCAGAAGACGGCGGAGAUUAGCCUCUUGAAGCAGCAGCUGCGGGAGGCUCAGGCCGAGCUGGCGCAGAAGCUGGCCGAGAUCUUCAGCCUCAAGACGCAACUUCGGGGCAGCCGGGCGCAGGCGCAGGCCCAGGACGCAGAGCUGGCCCAGCUGCGCGAGGCCGUGCGGAGCCUGCAGGAGCAGGGCCCUCGGGAGGAAGCCCAGGGCAGCUGUGAGACCGACGACUGCAAGAGCAGGGGGCUGCUGGGGGAGGCGGGUGGCAGCAGCGAGGCCGCAGGUGGCGCCGAGCAGCUGCGGGCCCAGCUGGUGCAGGAGCGGCUCCGCGCCCAGGAGCAGGCACUGUGCUUUGAGCGGGAACGGCGGACGUGGCAGGAGGAGAAGGAAAGGGUGCUGCGCUACCAGCGGGAGAUCCAAGGAGGCUACCUGGACAUGUACCGCCGCAACCAGGCACUGGAACAAGAGCUGCGGGCGCUCCGGGAGCCCCCAGCACCCUGGAGUCCUCGGCUGGAGUCCUCCAAGAUCUGAAGCCAGGGGGUGAGCGGGCUGCAGAAGCACCGCCAGAAAGCGGCUUGGACGAGCCCGCGCUGAGAGGGCUGGCUCCUUCCUUACACUGGUUGGGGGCAGGAGCUGCUGAGGCCAGCCAGGAGUGGGGAGGCUGACCGAGAGGAGGGGUCCAGCGCUGCUCUGGGCUGGAUAGGGUGCCCUCCUGGCAGAGGAGCACCUCGGCAGGGCCCCGCCCUGCUCCCUGGAGUAGGUGUGGCCCAGAGAAGGAGGCUGGGGGACCAAGGGCCCCGUGAUGCAGAAGGGCAGGCGUGAAGGAGGGAGGCUGGGACGGGGACAUUGGCCUCCCUCAGAAUAAAAUCACAUUUUCUACAAGGA